CUGUAAGACUAAACCGCGGGCAGUAACCCCACUCUGUGUUUCCUGCUGCGCAGCCUGAGCUGCAGCCCGAGCCUCGUCCACCCGGAGCCGCUCAAUCACAUGAUAUAACGACGCUGGCUAGCGAGCUAACGUGCUAGCUUUGGUUGUCAAAGCCGUUGUCAACAUCCACAAACACACGGAGUAGCAUAAGCCAACCGAGAAGUGGUCGGAAACUUGUGAAGUCUCCGAAAGGGACUCGUCUUCUUUCCUACUCACUAUCUUCAAGAUAUCAAGUCAUUAAACAUCCGCCCAAUAAGUCACAGGGGGUUUUGGCAUCCUCAAGGCUCAUCAGGAAAGCAAGUCCUCCAUCAGCGCCAGGGAUAUCGACGGACUGACGUUGUGGACUCACAUGGGCAGGAUGGAUAGACGAUAAAUAAGACAUCAACUUCAGAGGUAAGGUACACGUUGAUUUCGUUAUGACAAGCUGCUGUGCAGAAGAUGUCCACGCUGUCUAUGACUGAUAUCCCAGAUGUUGGUCAUGAUGAGAGUAAGGUGUUUGACGGGGCCUCUGAGCUGCAGCUGGACUGCAUGGUUGAGGAGAGCAGUGGAAGCACCACAAUGAAGCACGAAGGCCUCCUGUCGCUGGCUGACCUCCCCCAGCCAGAUGACUUCCCCGUCCCCCCGCAAAACGGCCCUUCGCUGACCGACAUGAGCAGCCCUCUGCCGGGAGAGCCCAGCGACAUUAAGCUGGAUCCAUCUGCAGGUGACACAUCUGCCAGCAUAGAUGGUCAACCAGUGAAGAGAAAGAAGGGACCUGCACCGAAGAUGCUGGGCAAUGAGGUGUGCAGCGUCUGUGGCGACAAGGCGUCUGGUUUCCAUUACAACGUGUUGAGCUGCGAGGGCUGCAAGGGCUUCUUUCGGCGCAGCGUCAUUAAAAGCGCCCAGUACAACUGCAAGAACAACGGCCGCUGUGAAAUGGACAUGUACAUGCGGCGCAAGUGCCAGCAGUGCCGCCUGCGCAAGUGUCGGGAGGCGGGCAUGCUGGAGCAGUGUGUGCUCUCCGAGGAACAAAUCAGACUGAAGAAGAUGAAAAAGCAGCACGACGAGGAAACGGCCCGCACGUCCACAGUGGUCACCCCCACCCCUCCACAGGAAACAGCCGCUCUGGACCCACAGCAGCAGGAGAUGAUUGAGAAGCUGGUGUCCAUGCAGAAGCAAUGCAACAAGAGGUCUUUUCUUGACCGACCGAAAGUGACACCGUGGCCACAGAGUCAGGACCUGCAGAACAGAGAAGUGCGUCAGCAGCGUUUCGCCCACUUCACUGAGCUUGCGAUCAUGUCAGUCCAGGAGAUUGUGGAUUUUGCGAAGCAGCUUCCUGGUUUCCUGGAGCUCACGAGGGAGGACCAGAUCGCUCUACUGAAGACGUCAACCAUUGAGAUUAUGCUGCUGGAGACAUCUCGGCGGUACAACCCUGCUAUCGAUAGCAUCACAUUUCUGAAGGAUUUCAGCUAUAAUAAGGAGGAUUUCGCCAAAGCAGGGCUUCAGUUUGAGUUCAUCAACCCCAUCUUUGAGUUUUCGAAAGGAAUGAAUGACCUGCAGCUGGACGAAGCAGAAUAUGCCCUGCUUAUUGCCAUCAACAUCUUUUCUGCAGAUCGGCCAAAUGUGCAGGAUCACGAUCUGGUGGAGAGGCUGCAGCAGCCCUAUGUGGACGCACUGCGCUCUUACAUCAUGAUAAAGAGACCAAAUGAUCAUUUGAUGUUUCCCCGUAUGCUGAUGAAGUUGGUUAGCCUCCGUACACUAAGCAGCGUUCACUCGGAGCAGGUUUUCGCCCUUCGCCUUCAGGAUAAGAAGCUUCCCCCGCUGCUCUCCGAAAUUUGGGAUGUCAACGAAUGACUGCAAACCUGAUGUCACACUCUGAAACCUUGGACAGACAUGGCAUCCAGGAGGAACACUGACUCCUUUCUGGUCCAGGAUUGGUUAUAGCAGUGAGAUUUUUUCUUUUCUCUCCCGUGGGAGGAGAGCAUCGUUGCACCUUGUGCUCUCAAACAGACUGCGGAAAUGGUUUUGUGUUCAUAAGGAAAAAACGUGAACACCUAGUUGUCUUUGAGCCUUUUGUUGUUCUUACGUUUGUGUAGAUGCUGACAUGAUUAUGGCGAUGUUAAAUACCAGCAUCAGGCUCUUUAGCCAGUUUUCUUUGAUUUAAUAUUUGUUGAAAUUUAUGUCGACUUCUAGUGCAGUUCUAAACGCAUCCUCUAACAUUUAUAAUCUGAGCAGGUCUUGGCUCUGGCUGCCUCAAACUACAGGAUUUCAGCCGCACAUUCAGUUGAAGUAGUGAUUUUUUUGCAGUCGUGCAAUAGGUGGAAAUGGAAACUGAGUGACGCAUAUGUGCUGUUCACUGUACUGAUGUUGGGGUAAUAUGGUAGGCCAUCAGGUUUGUGCAUUGUGACAUGGCAACAAAUAGUUUGUGUUCCUUUUGGAGUAAAUGCGAAAAAUCAAAAGGUUGGUGUAGUCGCUCAGGUAAAGUAAUGUGAAGUAGACCUCUGAGAAUUGGAGGCUUCUUUAAUUUCCAUUAGAUUAGUUUUCUUCCAAGUGCAUAAGGGACCCUUUUGGUCAUUUAUAGAUGCCCAUUAACUUUCAUGUAAAUUGUAUAUUUAUUUUCACAAGAAAAUUGUAUAGAGUGCACACAUAGAUUGUACAAUCAUAUACUAACUCAAAGUUAAAAUGCAGGCAGUGCCCUCAUUUACAGGAAACGGUGAUGUUAAGUACUUUUUAUUUUUUAUUUUUUACACAGAGCACUGGUACCUUGGUCUAACGUGUCUUGAAAUUCCAUGUAAAGUUGAAAUGUUGGUUUAAAAAAAAAAAAAGGAAGUCAAGCUACCAUAUCUGUGACCCUCCUUCCAAAUGAAUAAAAAUCCAUCCUGACGAAGGUUGUAUUCAUAAAUUUAAAACAGAGAGCCUCUAUUAACACCUUAUUGGUUGUUAUGUUUGUGUAAGGAACGCUUUUAUUCAUUUUAUUACAAAGCAGUUCAGUUAUUUUCAUGUUUUGAUCUGUUGUUUUAUCACUAGCAUUUAAAGGUGUGAUAAAUUUAUCAGCAACAUGCUUAAAGUUUGAACAGGAAAUAGAGAAGUUGACGGACUUUCAUUUUUGAUAAUAUACUGUAUGAGUGACACUGAAGGAAAAAAAUGUAAAGGCAGGUGUAAACUUGAUCUAAAAAUCUACCAUUGUCUGAGUGUCAUCCUGGAACUCAACACCAACAGCUUUAACUGGUCAAAUUUGGGAAAAGUCUACCAAAAUCUGUAUUAACAGGGAGCAGAGAACAACAGGAAAUGAGUAGAGACAUUGAAAUUUAAAGUUAUAAUAAACUUUAGAGAUUUUAGAUGUUUAUACUCUGUCUCCCGUGCAUUCUCCUGUGCAAUGUAACCUUGAAAUGGAUGAUAAAGAAAUGUCGAUGCAAAUUCAUAAUUGUGAAGUUUAUUUGAUCAUUUUCAUGCUUCCUGCCACAGUGUAAGAAACUUCUUUAGCUGUCUGUGUAGCUAUUUCCAGGUAUCACCAUUUGACUGGCAUAACCAGAGAUGUAAAAUGCACCUUUGUCGGUCCUAAGUGAAAUGGUUUCAAUUUUUCCAGCUUUUCAUGAGGUGCCAGUUAAAGCAGCAGUGUGUAGCAUGUGGUGGAAUCGAGCCGUGAGGUUGCAGAUUGCAGCCAAAUGGAUGCCACUCCCUUUUAAAGCGUGUAAGACAACCUACAGUAAACACUUCAAUGUUAAACCCUAAAAAAAGCUCACCUUAGAGCCAGCAUUCGGUUUGUCUGUUUUGGGCUACUGUAGAAACCUGGAAGGCUCUGUGGAAGAAGGGCUGAUUCUAAGCUAAUGAAAACGUGAAGAUUUAUAGUUUUAGGUGAUUAAAUGCUAAUAAAACUUAAUGAGUACGAUAUACUAUUUCUGCCAAUUAAUCUCUCCAAAUCCUGCUCACUGCUCCUUUAACAGGCAUAAUACUGUAUUGUAUUGGUUGUUGUUUUUUUGCCAUUUCCAGCUGCAAUUUCUUUUGUAUUUUAAUUCAUAAAACUGCAUUUAACAGGUGAAAUGGAGCUCUGACUGAAACACAAAUAUACAUGAGUAACAGUAACACAGGCACAAGUUAUGUCCUCCACAGUUAUAAUAACAGACAUGCCUCAUUUUGUUUUGACUUCCAAAAGCAUUUGGUGAGGGAUGUUAUGUUUCAGUAAUCUGAUUUCCAAUGCAAGCCUUGGGUUUUCUUCUUUUUUUUUCUUUCUAUACUUUAGCCACCAACAUGUCUGUAUUGCAUAUUGUUUCUGUUUUGGAUCUCCCAGAUGGUCAAAUCAUGAUUUGUUUUUUUUAAUGAAUAGGCCUUUAUCCACAGCAGGCAUUUUGAUUCCUGUAUGUCUUUGUCUUACCCAGUCUUAAAGGGACAGUCAACCUGCAGCUUCCCAUUAAGCAAUUUUACCAAAUCAUCCGGGCUUAUUUCGGCUAAUCUUAUUUAUUUUUUAGUUGAUUCGGUUUCAUAAAGCAAAUUCAACAUAUCUAAUACCCGAUACUGUAGCAGUUUAUACGGCGAAAGUAUGCUAAGCUGAAUCAACAAAAUUUGUCAGACUAACCGCAAUAAGCCUGGCUUUUUUUAUUAUUAAACCUGCUUUAUAUGACAGACCCCUGUAGUGCUAUUUAUCAAUCUAGAUUGGCUUGUUGUGAGCAGUUUCUUGUAGAAACUACUAGGAAGAAAAUUGUUCCUACAUGAAGCUGCUCAUAAGGAUCUUUGGAUUAUCUUGAGUAACUGGGUUAUGAUUUGUGGAAAGAGACUUUGCUAUCGAGUUUUUUUUAGUUGUAUUUUUUUGACUGCCAUCUGGCUUCAUUAUAUUCUAGAGAAGGCUCUCUGGCCGAUAUAUCUCCAGCACUGCACCAAAACGAUCUUAAUUGAUAAAAAGCACUACAGAUAAGAGGUAAAAUACGUUAGAAAUAAAUAUGUCAGAUUUAAUGUCUUUUUGAUUUUGGGGUGAACUGUCCUUUUAGCAGAUCAAGGGAAUGAAACAGUCAAGGAAGAUAAAAAGAGGGAAAGUUCUGAGGGCAAAUGGCAUGCACAGUGUAACUGGAGCUGUAAUAUUGGAGGGUUAGAUCUACAGCGGUGAAAAUUAAAGGAUGGUUUGUGCUCAGGUGCUUAUUAGGAGCACUCUGACAGAACCUAUGUGUUUUAUUUUCAUGCACCACCUAUUGAGCCUUGUUAUGAUGCCAUUUGUCUGUGUGACUUCUCGUUUUACCCUCCUUCACUACAGUACUGAGCAACUCCAAUGAUGAUAAAAGCAUCAUUUGGUGGGUUAAAUGCCUAGGUUGUGUUUUCCAUUCAAUUCAUCUUAUCCUAUCCUAUCCUAUCUUAUAUAUAAAAGUUUUUUUCAUUUUAUGAGUUAUUUGUAGCAGUAGAGUAUAAUUAACUGCCUCUGCCUGGUGCAUCAUCACCGGUUGACUCUGAUAGUGAGCUCCACCUAUUGGUUGGUUUGUUGGUUGAGAACAAACAAGUGGAUGUUUUCCUUCCACAUUCUUUAUUGUAUUAACUGUGGUAUGUUCUUGAGCCUGCAGAAGCAUCACAGAAACAAUAGUGCUUUCCUUCCUCUCCCUCAACAGUAGCUUAGAAAAACACCUGACAUAGAAAGCUGUUUUUUUUUCCUGCUACUGGAAGUAAGUGCAGCCCAGACAAGAAGAAGGGCUUAAAUUUCAUUCCCAUCUCCAGCCAUUGCUAAUUUGAGAGUCGCCCUAAUUAAAUGUCAAGCUUGAUGUCGGUAAACUUAAUUAUGCUUGAGGUAUAAAAGAGGAAUUUCCUGAGGUUUCCAUUCGACACAUAAAGACACAAGUAAAAGGCAUUUUCGGACCACGUAUUGUAUUAAGCCAUUUGCCCCCCCCCCCCUCAAAAUUGUAUUUACUUUCUGAUGCUCUAAAAAAUGUUUUUAUUAUUGAUUUUUCUUGCAUCCUUCUAACCUUUUACUAAUGUAUUUAAUAGUUGUCUUUUUUGACAGGUCAAUCAAUAUCAAAAGAAGAUUGAUAUGAGUGUGUGCAGGGUUUUGAAACCAUGCCAGUGAUUUCUUUUUCUUCUUUUCCCCCGUUUGUUUUGAUUCCUAUUGAGGUUUUGCUUUUUGGUUUGCUGCUUUCAGAAGCCAAACAUUUACCAUUACAUUUAAUAAGUAUAGCCUCUGUAAUUUUGGGGUGUAAUCCGAUCAAAUAAGCAAAAAAGCAUCAGCUGUUGUCUCUUAAAUCUUUGUUUCUUAGUGUACUUGUUAUGUUGAUGCUGUAGGUGUAAAGGUUAAUUGUACUGUAUAUACUGUAAUUGUCAUCUCGGAUCUCAUUUAAAUUUCUGUCUUCAAAGGGUGACACUGUAAACAUUAUUGAUGUAUAGAAAUGCAAACCUAUUUUAAUACUUGUAACUCCUGAAGACCUUCUGUUUUGUAUGUACAGUAUAAAUUAAAGCUAUGCUGUAGUGCUGGUA